CGCGGCACUGUGCAACGUGCUUCGCGACCGUCAUCACGACCAAUACACCGCCGCUACGAUUACGUGUGUAAUUAGUUCCGAUUCGUUGAUCGUUCCCUCCGAAACUCUCUACAGCGACGAUGGCACGAAGAAUGAUUUACGAGAGUAGUCGUUCGAUGGCUACACCACAAACAACGUACAUAUUCUCAUCCGAUCAUCGAUGUUCAAUCGUGCCAGCCACGAUUAGUGUUUAGGUGGGACACUACACGAAAGCAGUUGCUAGCUUUUUUCCACCGGUGACUCCGAAAUUCGUCUAAAAUUGUCGCAGAACCUAGACGAUCGUAAGUAACGAAGUCGAUGCCUGCCAACGUAAACGACGACUCGAAUACGAGUGCAACUGCAGCGACGUAAAAUUAUCAGCUGUGAUUGCGACCGGCCGAUAAACGACAAACUUCCCGACCCUUGGGAGCGCGGCAAUCGCGUUGCGAGGUUAGUUAACUAAUUGUCUCGUCAUUGACGAAUUUGUAAAGUCGUAAUGUUCGAACAGUUACUGAAAUUCUGUAAACAUCGUCAUCGCGAUUGGUUUUUGCCGCAAGUGAGGGGUAAAAUAAGCCGGAGAAGUAUCGUGCGCGGAUUCCAACGAAGGACGUUCCAGUAUACGGUUCGGCGUAUCGGUGAAUUAAUACCUUCCGAGAAAUCGCCCGCGAAUAUUCGGUGGUGAAAUAUAUCGUAGGCCGUCGUGUUCCGGGGCCGGCUUUGCCCACGUGUUUUACGUAGCACGUUGCACCGAAAGUCGAGUUACGUUAUUUCGGGCGCGUGCAAUCGUGGCGAGUGAAUAAUACCGCGAGUGUCACGGCGAACGUCCUCCUCGAAUAGUUGGCCGUGUCGAAAAUUGUCGCCGAGUAGAAAGUCGGGGCCGAAGGAAUUUCGUGGAAUCGACGAUCGCGAAUUCGAGAAUACGCCGGUGGAACCGGUUAUAUCGUCGUUCCGUGCCACGGCAAAGGGCCAACCCGAUAGAAGGGAGUAAUCUGCGGGAAAUAUUAACGAGCGUUUGGUAUUUCGACGAUCCUCUGUCGGUUUCGCGCGGCAAUGAUGAACAAACAGGGCGCAACAGGAAUUUGACGGUAGUGAUUACAGUGUGACGGCGAAGUGCAAGCGAAUAGGUGCAUCGAACGUCAAACGACGGUUGCUUCGUUACUGACAACGAUGAUGCAUCGAUCAGCGACGUUUCUUCUCAACGAAUAGCUGCAUCGUUAUCAGCGGCUGAAACGAGAUGGACGUACGAACGGAAAGACCACGAACGGCUGGUCGGAUAGCGCCAACUGGACGCGUCACGCCGACCGUACAUCAAACAGGUGGAGAAAGAAGAAAAGCUAUACCGGUCCCGCCGCCGAGGGUACCGACCCCUAUGCCCACCGCCAACAAUAAUCAGCAAAAAAACAAUGCCAACGUCGACGUCCCGCCCGCGGCGCCCGUCCAGAAGAAAGAGCCACACGAAAACAUCGCCCGGAUAGCGAAGCGGUAUCUCGACGAUAACAUGCAGCAGGCGUGGAUCAAUCCUCGUCUAAUAUCGAUGAUCAACAUGGAGGCGGUCACGUCGACGGAUUACGACUCGUCGAUUCUCAGCAGGAACUUCAACCAGGUGGGCUUCAAUACGUACAAUUACUCGCAGUUCGAGGAGAAGUAUAAACCGCGACAGGUGUUCAAGUACGGUGACGAGUACCAGGAGUACGGUCGGAACUCGGCGAGGCUGGGGCCGAACGAGAGGUACGCGAGAUUAUCGGCGAGACAUCAGGACGGUGUCGGGAAGCCCGAUCAGAGGUACGCUCGGAGUCACUCGCAGCCGGAGAGACAGCACCAUUUGUCUCACGAGACGCGUUCCAAGUCGCAAGACUCUCGCGAAUUAACGUUCUAUCAGAUCGAUCCGCCCGUCAAGUCGGAUAACGCUCAGCACGUUCACGCCAAGGCUCACCGUUCCGCGGCCGAGAAGAGCCAGGGCAAAAAGGAGCUGACCUUUUACGAGAUCGACGGGCCAGCAUCCCAAGAGAAGAAGGACCCGAAGUUCGAGAACUGCAAAGACAGAGGCGACAGGCGAGACAAGUGUCACGCGGUCCAAGAGAAAUCGACACCUGGGAAACACGGCAAGAGCCAUCAGGAGCAGAAGAUCGUCUCUCCGCCUAACUAUCAGCUGAACAGGUCGCAGUCGGAUCUCACGGAAUGUCAGCUGCCGAACUACUACAGACACCAGAACAAUCCCUACAUCGAUCCGCCCAAGUACAGGCAGUUCGAUAGACCGCCCAAGUAUCAGGAGACGCCGCCGAAGUCGGAGCCUCCGCCCAAGUACUCCGAAGUGGCCAGGCGGCAGGACGAUUACAAACGCGUUCAGGAGGAGAGGGGCAAACGACAAGGAGCCGUAGGAGGAGGGAGCAUCGGGAUCGGCAGCAGCGGUGGCGGUGGCGUUGGCAGCAGCGGUGGUGGUAACUCCAGCAGGGGGACCGCCGGCACUCAUGGCGCCGAGACGCCCUCUAAUCUGGCCAGUAUCACGCCAACCGCGCGAGAAGCAGCACGAGGUCCUUCGUCGCGGUCGCGUAUCCCGUACAAGACGUGCGACACGCGUUGCCCGAACAUCAACAACAACAACGUCACCAAAGACGACCUGUACCAGGAAGCUUCCGACGAUUCCGAGGCGAUAUCGAGGUGUCACGUGGAGUUUAAAUCUCAUCAUCAUCCGGGUCGAUCGUCUACCACCGGCGGUAGCAGUGGUUGCGGUGUUAUUUCCGGUAAUGUUUGUCACGGUGGUUCCGGAGUGCCGUGCGAGUCCGCGACGUGCGACAAAUACAAGGGUGCGGUGGACUGUCUGCUGAAGGCCAGCGAAGCGGUCCAAGGUCGUUUGUGCGAAAGAUCGAUGCUGAAGAUCGAGAAGCCCACCACGAAGGCGAUCGUUCACAGCGUCGAAGCUCCAGGGAAGUGCGGGGAUAGAAUGAAAUCGGGCCAGGAGCUCGGCUAUGGUAAACACGAGACAACUGCCAAGUCGAAAGGACACGAUGUCGGUCACGGGUUCAAGGUCGAAAGUAUCAAGUACUACGGCGAACUGAAGGGAUACGACUACAAAUCGUACGGGACCAUAGACAAGCCUGCGACCUGUGCCCACGAAAAGUCCCACACCCACGGACCCGAGAAGAACGCUCACGAAAAGUGUCACUCGAAGACGUCCUCUUCGUCCGCGAUGCACGGCCUCGCCAAGGUCGUCGGUGAACGUCCACCGGAGAAGAGCCCGUACGCCGAUCACUAUUAUCACCGAUCGUCGCACACGAAGCCGCAAAGCGCGUAUCAAGUGUACCAAGAAACCAAGUACUCGUACAACGUGAGCGGGGUGCCAGGGACGCCGGCGCAGGCCAGCGCAGCCGCAGCUUUCUUCGCAAGAGCAGCCCAAAGGUUGAACCUCUCGUCGAGCCCGCACCGUCGACGUCGCUCCGGCGACGAGAACAUCAGCUCGGACGAGCAGCCAAUCUUCCCAAAUGGAUACGCAGCUCUGCUUCUCAGGUCACCGCCUCCCGCGCCAUCUGCUCUCCUGCGGAGGAUAGGCGUCAAAGAGCUCACCGGGGUCGGCAAGGUGAAAGUGAUGUUGAAAGUGUCCCCGGGGGAAGGAGGCAGCUUCUUCAACGCCGACAAAAGAAAGAAGCAAGUGACGCUGGUGAAUCCGACGUCUGGACAGUCCCCUUCGGCGGAAGAUCGAAGGCCAACCGUGGCAGCGCCGAAAAUGUUUGCCUUCGACGCGAUAUUUACCGAGGAAGACUCCCAGACUGAAAUAUGUUCGAGCGCACUGACCGACGUCAUUCAUGCAGUCAUCAACGGAACGGACGGUUGCUUGUUCUGCUUCGGACACGCGGGUUUGGGCAAGUCGCACACGAUGCUGGGCACGCCGGAGGCAGGGCAUACGCUAGGUGCGAUUCCGUGCGCGAUCGCCUGGCUCUUCCGCGGAAUCUCGGAGCAACGACAGAGGACAGGCGCCAGAUUUAGCGUCAGGGUCAGUUGCGUGGAAUUAACCGCCGGCCAACAGCAACUCAGGGACCUCCUUGCGGCGCACGCGAACGAUUCCGAGCAGUCGCCAGCCGUGUACUUGAGGGACGAUCCAUUGUUCGGCAGUCUGCAACUGCAGCAACACAGCGAGCUUCGUGCACCAACCGCGGAGCGUGCUGCCUUCUAUUUGGAUGCUGCGGUAGCCGGCAGACAAAGAGAGGACGGCGACGCUCACAUGCUUUACACUCUUCACGUCUAUCAAUACAGCGUCGCCGGCAAGGGAGCAGUUGCUGGCGGCAGGAGCAGACUUCACUUAAUGGACCUCGGCAAUUCGGAUCGCGGCAAGUCGUCGGGCGGCAUCCCCUUAUCAGGCCUAGGUAAUAUCUUGCUCGCCAUCUUCAACGGCCAGAAGCAUCUGCCGUACAAGGAGCACAAGCUAACCCAAUUACUGAAGGAGUGUCUCGGCUCGUUGACGUGUCACGCCGCGAUGAUCGCCCACGUGUCCCCGAACGCUCAGCAUUACACGGAGACGUUAACGACCGUGCAACUGGCCUCCAGGAUCCAUCGGAUGAGGCGAAGGAAGAUCAAAUUCGUUGGCGGUGGGACACAGGGAACCGGAAGCGGCGGGAGUUCGGGGGAGGAAGCGGCGAGGCAGAACAGCGAGUGCGACCCCAGCUCUAGCGAUCUGUCCGCGGAUACUGUGAUCUACGUUGGCCCAAGUACCGACGAUGCUACCGACGGCGAGCAUCCACCCGUUUAUAUACCGAGCCUAAACUCUGGCGACAAUCGUUGCGCCAUGGGGAAGGCUUUGCGGGGUUCGGCGGCAGAGAAACCAAGCAAGGUCCCAGAAGAGCGUAGUCCGGCGCACAAGUCGACGAAAGCGGUGAAAGCGUUGACGCAGACUGCUUCGAAGCAGACCUCCCCGGCGCACACGGCGACUCCAAAGGCCAGUCCAGCUAGGAAAUCUACUUCGACAAAAGUAUCGAAGGCGAACGAUUCCCCUGGCAGCAAGAUGAUACCUGUCGCGGCGUCUACCGGCGGUUCGGACGAGCAAUGGAUAGACGGUCCUAGGAUCUCCAAGUCGAAGGUUGCGGAGGCCAGGCACAUGCUGAAGGAUUCGCAUCACAAAAGGGAGACCUGGAUAGACGGCCCCAUGCAGCUCACUGGCCCGCCCACCUUGCAGAUGCACGCUCAGCAACAACAUUCCUCCGGAUACGGGUUCAUGGACAGCCACAAGAAAAGCAUGAUCAGGAAGUGGGUGGAGAAUCAGUCGUCUCAGAUACAAAGGAACAAGCACGCUGUUUCCAGGAUCGAGUCCUCGAAGAUGACCGGCCAAUCGUCUCAGUUCAAGGAGCUGACGACGUUCAAGACCUGCGGGGGCAUGGACGACGACGACACGUCGUUAUCCACGGCCGAAAGCGAUAGUUUGAAGGCGAACGAGAUCGAGGACAUCACCGAGAAGCUAGGCGUCAAGUUGAAUCUGCUGAACGUCAAAUCCAACACGGAUUCCGGCUUGGACUUGACGGCCAGCCCGGUUAUGGACGACAGCGUGGACAAAGGGAAGUUAGACUUGCAGGAGGACGAGGACGACGACGAGGAAAUCGUCGUUCCGCCUCCGUUACCCCUUAUCGAACCACUGAGCAAUGGCGUCAGCAGGGAAGUGUCCAUGGAGAGUUUGAAUCUUUCGCACAAGGACAUCGUGCUACCGUCUAGGCACUCUUUGUCAUCCGAGGACGAGAUCCUAGAGAUCGUCGAGGUCGAGGACUUGGAACCCGUCCCGAUGCAGGACUCCUGUCUUCAAGUCACGGAGGAAGACAUCGCGUUGUGCAUGGGAGAGAAUCCGUUACCCGAGAGCGAUCAGGAGGAACAUCCCUUGAGAAUUCUUAGUCAGGAGAACCUCACCGUUGUCUCGACAUUUACCGACUCGAUGUCGGUGAUGUCGGACACGGAACGCUACAGACCUCAGUAUCCGCCUCCGGGUUGCGCGGGGGUGCUGCCGAGGCCGUACUUCGACCACGAGGACUUCCUGGAACAAGAAACCAGGCACAAGUUCGACCAGUUGGCGCGCCUCCACGAAUUGUACCAGAGCAAACUCGCGCUCGCCAAUGUCUCCAACUCCGUGACCUACCAGAGGGAGAACUCGAACGUGAACGUUAGAGAUGUUCCAUCUGCCGCCGUCUUCCGUCCGCCGUCGCGCUGUCAGUCCUUGUCCCUGUCGGACGUGAUGUUCAACGACAAUGCGAGUAAUCAUGGCAGCAUCUACAGCGAGCCCGCGUACAUCGCUGGAAAAUCCGAUCAGGAAAAGUUCUGCGACAACUGUCGUCAAAGCAUGACGAGACCAGCGACCGCCUCCUAUUGGUACCCGAACAGCAUGGCGCACAUAGCCAGCCCCAGGAGGUACUGCGGCAAGUUGGGCGAUUGUAACAUCUCUAGUCUGAGGCAUCCUGACGGUGCCUCGAACCCCAAUCUCAAAGAGGAAGUGGAGAGGCUACCUGGAAACGGAGCCUCGGGCUCGGAUCCCGAGGAGGAGUACGUCGAGGCGAAGAAACUGUUCACCGCGGCCGAGAGACCCGAGAGGACCGUCACCGGGAAGUCGGACAUCGAGGAGGAUAUCAAAAUACAAGCGACCGUCCCGCUGCAACUGUCAAUUCCAUCGCCAGCGCCUUCCUCGGGUCGAAUGCAACGUAAGAUGACCAGUCUUGGUUCAUCGUUGGGUCUGAACAAGGAGGGUUAUGAUUCCGGUGCCGAUUCCACGCCAAGAGCUGCGAAACUAUCUCCAGCUACGUUGUCCAGGCAUCGCGCCGAAAGUUCUGGCUACGACAGCAUCGUCAGGGACAGCGAGACCAGCAGCAUCGCGAGCGAUUCCUCGAGACAGACCAGCGCCCUUCAGGAGCACCAAGCGGUGGAACAACGGGUGGCAGGGUGCGGGCUCCGGUCACGGGCCCAGUGCCGGGCCCGUCUGCCACAGGCGCCGUCCGUGGUGCCGGGGAUACUCGCGUACACAAGCGAGGACGUGGACAUCCUGGACAGGCGCGCGCAGUUGCGCUCGGAUCCACGUGGCACGAUGUCCAGGAUACUCAACCUGCGACUACGCCAGCGCCUUCUUAGGCUCGAACUGCGUAACGCCAAGAAGCGCUUGAUGGUGCCCGACACCCGCUGGAGCUACGAUCUUCACGUAGAAAACUGUAUGGACUGGCGCGAUCCGUCGUUCUUGGAAGCCCUCGAGGCGGAGACCUGCAUUCUGCAGAAACGAGUAGAGGCCUGCAAGAGCCACGUCCUGUUGGUCACUUGCUUCGACUCCUGUCCCCGGCAGCAGUGCACACGCCGGAUGGAUCCGAUGUCUGGAAUUCGGAUCACCUAACCUAGACUCGGAUCAGCGUGCUCGACCGCGUGCUGAUCGCGAGAAAAAUCGAACGAAUCGCCAAUACGAUUUAGAAACGAGACGAGCGAGGUCGCUGAUGAUGGGAGAUGAGAGAAACGAUAGGAGUAAUCGGUGUCACGAUGUCGCUCGACUCCGUCCAAUAGUUGUUAAAAUGACAUAGUUAUAUCGUCGUCAUCGUCGGCGUACGUCGUCGCUAUUGUUACACGUGUAAUCGAUAAUAAAAGGAAGCUUUCGCUCUUUUUCGCGAGGGAAGCGUCGUUCUCGCGUGUUCUGGCGCAUCGUUCGCGUCGACGGGGUGUUCUGGUUUCGAGCGUUAACAAUUUCAAAAGUUUUAGUCAGGGAAAAUACAGAGAAGAAUAAAUCGGUUUUUUUUUUUAAAAAACGACAACCCAGGAUGCUUCUUAAACAGCUCAAACACGCAGAGAAUUACCGGAGGUUUGUUUACUCACAGAUUUGAUCGAUCGUCCGUCUCCCCGAUCUUUUUCUUUCUAAAGACAAUUAAUCAAACCUCCGAUAGCCAGAGGUGGGUAAAAUUAUAUUCCACAGAUAGAAAACGAAUAAAAACAACAUAGAGCUAUUUAUCCGCGAGGUUUAUCACAUCGAAUUGAGUCUGAAUAAAUUUGAUUAAAUCAAUAACGUAUAGAAAUCUGUUCGGUUUAUACUUUAUACUCGUUAUCUGAAUUACAAUUUUAUCCACCUUUGCGAUAAACCUCGACCUCGUACGAGCCAUUUUAGAAAUCGUCUCGGCCGUUUCAUUGCGUUCCGAUGGUCGUGUAAGGGAACCGUGUACGUUACGAUUGUUUCCAGUGAGAGAUGUUGAGCGAUGUUACGAUUGUUGGCUGAGAACUAACGUAGAACGCGACGCGGUCCGGUGACUCGCGGGCCGCACACGUCGAGUACUUGUUGACUUAAAUAAAUUAGCAUACGAGUUGGUGCUGCAUUUUUGUUUUCUUUUGCGUGCUGAUCACGCGUCGGUGUCACUUCUUAGGUAAAUUAACCGAGUGAUCGGCCCGUUGGGCCUGACUCGGAACGGGCAAAUGAGACGCGACUUCCGACACUAACGACCGUUUCUGGUCGAAAGUCGUCGAGUCCAGGUACCAGAACCACGACCAAGAAGAGUAGGAUAAUUCGCAGUGUUAGAAACAGGCGAUCGACAAAAAUUAGAGUACCGACGUGCCGUGCACGACUCUAUCGAUGAAGGAUCGAAGCAUCGCGAUAAUAGUGCAAAAGAGGGGUACGAAAAACGACGAAAGAAAGCACGUACAAUUAGACCCUCGUCGUAGGGGAUGAAUUUCCCGACCCUCGACUGACGAUUCGGGACCGAAAUUCGAUAAAAAAAAAAAAGACUCUUUUGAACCUCGUCGAAUUUAAAUAAAUUGAUCGGAAAGCUGGUAUCGAUAGAAAUAGACUCAGCUCCGCGGACGCGUAGCUGAAUGAUGACACGGUAUGUCGAACCGAUUCGAGCGAACGUAACACGAGAGAAAAAAAUACUUAUAGAACAAAGACAUCACCGAUUGCCAAGAAAAAAAAAUAUAAAAUAAAAAACACGAAUUUAAUAUUAAGACCAAAAGGGGACGAAGGAAAAAAGAGUCGAUGAAACGCGUCGUAACAUUAUUUAGUGCACGCACAUUAACUCAAGAUAUUAUCGUAGCUUUAAUCGUUAUCAACAGUUACCGCACUUCGUAGGGCUCUGUAAUUCACUUAGGGAGAAGACGAGCGAUGAGAUUGAGAGCGAGAGUGAGAGAAAGUGCGAACGAUGGAACGAUACCGAUUCGAAGAGUAACCGAGGAGACGCCUAA